UGUUUACUACAAAAUGGUGGAAGAAAACUCGAGUGGAAAAAAAUAUCUGAAUUUUUUGUAGACAUAAACCAAAGGACAAGUACCUUAUUCCGUAAUGACAUCUUUUGGGUGGAAAAGAAAAUCUGGUCAACAAGUGUCUAAAGAAGCUUCCUCAACUUUUUCUCAAGAUGCUAAAGAUGAUGGAGAAGAGGUAAAGAAUGGUGAUGUUGAUUGGUUAACUCUUGUACCCAAGAGAAAAAUUAUCAGAUUAGAAGAUAGAAGUGGUAAAAGUCAGCGUUUGAAAAAAGAAGGAACAAUUUUGGCGGAUUCAGAUAGAUUUUGGGAAGCUGUAAAAAAAUGGGAUGAAGCAAUCACCUACACACCAUGUGAUGCCACAUUAUAUGAGAUGAAAGCACAGGCUUUGAUGAACUUAAAUGAAUUAUUCCCAGCUUUAGCAGCAGCUACUAAAGUUAUUGAAAUGAGUCCACAAUGGUGGGUUGGUUAUCAAACUUUAGGUAGAGCCCAACUUAAUCUAGGAGAAGUUAGAUUGGCAGUGGUGAAUUUUUCAAAAGCAGUUCAUUUAAAUCCUGGUGAAGAAGAAUUAUGGGAAGAGGAUCUGCGUUGGUCGGUGGAAUUAUUAAAUAGAAAAUUACAAACUGAAAAACAAUUAGAGGAGGAAAAGAAUAAAAAUAAAUUGACUAUUACAGAAAUAACUGACUUGGAUGAAAUUUAUAAUCAGGAGAAUGAACCGCCAUCUUGUGGAGGUCAAAGUUCAACAUCGUCCUUAGUAUCAGUUGAGCCUAGAAGAGAACAGUGUAUAGAGCAUAAUACCAUAGUAGAUAGAUCUAGAUCUAGUGUCAAAAAAAUACCAAAAGACUAUGUACAGAUGAGAGAUAGAUGAUAUCUACCGAAUUUAUACUUUGUUGACUGCGAUAUCACCCUUGGUGGAAGCGGACGUUAAACUCCACAAACGAACGACAAAUAUCCCAGUCUUUGCUUUUGAUAUAGGCGAAAUAAAAUUUUAUUUAAAUUUAACAUAAAUAAGAAUUGAAAAGUGUUCUUCAGAUGACUGGACAAUUAAAUCAGACAAUCUUGUUUAUAUAUAAUAUUCAACACCAUGGAUUGAAAUGAAUUAUCCAACAGUCAUUCAGUAACAAUAUAGUUUGUGGCAUGACAUCUAUAUAAAGUAAUAUUGACUUUAGUUAGGAUUUGUCUAUUACAAUAAUCUCUUUUUUUUUAUUGUGAAUGGUAUGGAAUAUUUUGCCGUUAAUAGUUGACUAAAACCUGUAGUUGUUUACAGUUGCUAAGACAUAGAUUCGACGAAUAUUGGCAUCUUAUCAGUACCAAUGCUUUAUAUUUUAGGUUUGAAAAGUUGAAUUUGCUACGAAAAUAGUAAAAAUACAUUUGACCAAUAUAAUUUAUCUAAUAGUAGGUCAUUGUAAACCUUACAAGUACAACCAAAUCAACUGAAUUGAUUCGGGAACCGCGGUAAGAUCCUAUAGCAUUGUACAGUCCCGGGGUCUCUAUACAUGUUAAAAUGAAAUGAAAUAAAAAUAAUAUGGCGUUUAACGUCAAUGACCGGGCUAAUGAAAACGGGUUUACGACGUGAAGUUUGCUAUUGAUUUUCUAAUCUAGGAAGUCUUUAACGUGCUGUCAAUGGUAUACACGGGCCCUCGGGUUGUUGUUGUUCCAUCCUGGACAUACUGAAUCAUUACAAUCACUGGAAUACAUGACAACAUGAACACCUACAUAAUUAGGGAAUAUAUUUGCAUAUGAAUAUUCAUUGUCGAGUCAGUUUUUAAGAUAGGUAGUCUCUAAACACACAACAAAUCUCCUACCAACUAGCUGCACAUAGAGUAGCUUUGUACAUGUAGAUGUCAUAAAUACAUACAUUUACUUCAUUAAUUUACCAAAAUCUUAUGUGUCGCAUUGCCAGAUGAUCAAGGUUAUUGUGCGACAUUGUCAGAUGAUAACGGUUAUUGUGUGACGUUGUCAGAUGAUAAUGUGCGGCAUUGUCAGAUGACAACGGUAAUAAUGUGUGAGCUGUAAAAUCUCCUGUAUCUAUUAUUAGACCAGGUUAUGUCACAUUAAUAUAUUAUAUCUAUAUAUAUUAUAUACAUAACCCCGACCAGUGUUUUCUAUCAUUGCGCCUGUCGUGCCUCAGGUCCCGUGAGAGGGGGGAAGCUGGGAGGUAUACCGAGUAAUGUUUUUUUUAAAAAAAAAAAAAAUUGAUAUAAAUAUUAAAAAAAGUAAAGUAGGAGAAAACCGGUGACUUUUCUGAAUGUGGUAAACUAGUGGAGAGGGUAAGAUUAGAAUCGGAUUGUGUCAGUCCAGUUUUAUGGAAAAAUUGGUGAAUUCAAAACUAUAAUUAAGCCACCUGUCCGGGCCUUUGCGGCGUGGGGGUCCGGUCCGCCAUCCUUCUAUUUGAGGCCCUCGUCACCGUCAGGGUAUCUGGGUCUCGGCGGUCAUCGGAACCCAGUCCGGGCCUGUAGAACAGUACAAUAAUGGUGAGCACGUGGUUAUCGAUCACCUCAGAUAGGCUGACUGGUAUGCGAUCAUUAAAACGAAACUGAAAGCGAAACUUUUACCUUCGUAUUCGUUCUGUUAGGCGUUAAAAAUGUUUUUCUUUUGUACACGAAAAGUUCCGUUAGAAUUUUGGUAUUGAAAAAUAAAAAUGAAUAGUUUAUGUGAUGAACAAAUUUCUUUUUAUAUUUUGCCUGCUUAAAACUUACUGUCAAAAUCGAGUACUUCUGAUUGUUAUUGCAUCGGUAAAACUUAAACGUAGUACAUGUAUUUAGUAUGUCAUGUUGUUAUGUUAAAUCUGAGUUUCUGUGUUUUAGUAAAGUCAAGACCCCCAUUUACAAAGAAUAUACGCCAAAAUGACACCAGAGACCUUGUAUCUUACAAGAAAUUUCGAGCCCCCUGCAACAUAUGCACCGAUCCACCCUGGCUUCUUGUAGAGACAGUGGAAAGUUCUAAUUGCAUUAUAAAAAGUUAUCGAUAUUAUGCUUUGAAUUGUUUUCCAUCACAUAAUAAAUUUAAGAAAUCGUUUGUUUGUUCCAAAAUGACACAAGAAAAUAAUCAAUAAUAGGUUUAGCCCCCCCCCCCCCCCGCCAUUUUAUUUGCUAAUUAGUAUGCUUUCUAUAUUAUGAUAAAUGUCAAUUACACAACCUAAUGCAAAAUAAAAUUGUUAUCAAUAUAAUCUGUGCGUGGCAUGCAUGCCUUAAUACAGGCACGUGGGUACCCUGUUUACACAUGAAUCAAGUGGAAACCCAUUGAAUACGUGUCUAUUUAGUCCGCCGUUUUCUUAUGGUAUCUAUAUUAUAACAGUCCAAAAUUGAUUUAUAUCUUUGCUUUAUUAUAUCUGUUUAUUGUCUUUAUGUAUCCCUUCGCUAGAGUACUUAUCAACAUAUAUGUUUGUUACAUUUGUUAUUUAUUUAUAUCUGUUUCUAUUUUACUAUUAUGAGGCCUAACGAGUACAUAUAAAUGUUAGGUCCAACAUUUUAUCUGUAAAAAUGGCGUGUCAUAUAUACCGCCUAUUUAGUCUAAUAUUUUCUCAUAACAUAACCGUUAACUAACUACUAAAUUACCUCACAGUAGUAUAUUCAUACAUUUCAUUUGUUUUAAAAAUUAAAAAAAAAAACUCAUUAAUCUUCCAAUUCGUUAUUUCAUUUCGUUAUACAUAGCUAUCAAUUCUAUUCUACUUUAUAUCAUAUAUGCAUAUCGAGCAACCAUAAAACAGCGACCAUUACCAAUACUUGUAGGAGAAAUAUACUAUUAAAAAUGAUCCGUCUUCAUUAGCCCAGUUCGGAGCAGAACAGUGGGACGUUAAAUCCCAUUUCAUUUCAUUUUCAUAAAAAUGAUAUGCUAGAAAAAGACGGACGCGUGAGUUUGAUAAUGAAAGAAUUGUUAGAUUUAGAUUUGUAGAUUGCCCGGAAUCUAGAUAAACAUUGCUCUGAAAAAACAUGUCUCGAUUAUUAAUUUUCAUAUUUUUCAAUUACUGUUUAAAUAAAAUUAGACGUGUUUUACUUGAUUUGUCAGUACGUCUUACUCGCAUUGAAUGUAAGCAGUUGGCUUCGCAUCAAAUUAUUUUUCACGCAUACCUCUUUUAGAAAUAGCAAACACUAGCUAGCAGUAAUUAGCAAUUUUAGUCUAAGUGCUUAUUUUAUCAGCAGUGUAUGACAACAAAUCUAGUCUUUGUUAUCGCGUAUUGAUAAACGCGUAUUAAUAUUGUGUAAUAAAUCGUCUAAAAUUAGCGUCUAAUUAUGUAUUCAUGCCGUUUUCAAACGCCCUUAGUUUCAAAGACUUGCAAUUUAACAAUUCUAGUGGAAAUAUUUAUUUACCAAGCUACUUGAGUCUGUCUUUGAAUUCCGCCUUCCCGAUAAUUUACUCAAUUGGCACCAGCUCCAACUAAUUAUUGAUUCAGAUAAAGCGUGCGCCGAGAGUCACAGAGCGCGUGCGCACUAUUUCAUGCCUCAUGUCACCCAAAAGUUAGGUUUCUCCAGAUACCGGACUGAUCAGAUGUUCUAUGUUUCUGUAAACAAUUGCACAUUUCAAUAUCAUAAAUAUGACAGACGGACGAGCGUUUGCACGUUCAUGCGAUUCUCAAACCAUUUUCUGUUUGCACAUGGGUACUUUGAAAGUGUUUAACUUGAAUGUCUAAAUUGUUCUUUCUGUAUUAAUUAUUGUAUAAAUAUUAAAA